AUAAUCAAUAAUAUAUAAAAUCUUUUUGUUAUACCUAUAACUUUAUUAUUAAAUGAUGCGCUAUGUCUCAAGAUACAUCUGCCGGCAUGGUAAAUCAUCCAGUUAAUACAUCCGAUGAAGCAAAAAACGACUCUCUCCAUGAUACUUCUGAACGAGAAGUCACUACGGAUACUAAACAAGGCAUAGAAGUCACUGCAGCUAAGAUGAAUUUGGAAUCAUCGACAGCCCAGUUAUUGAGUAAUUUAUCAGUUUCAUCAUCAAAAGAACAAGAGCUCAAAGCGCCGGAUAAUCCCUCGCAAUCAAACACUGCCUUCCACAAAAGUUCCGAUGUUGAUAAUGAGCCGAAAUCGAUUAUUGAUACGGCAACAGCAGGUGAGGAUGGACGGAAAGUAAAUGCGGAAAAUACCAAUUCAGGUAGGACGAACCGUUAAAUCUUUACCCUUUACAUCAUGUGAAUACUUCCUGGAAGGUAUAUUCUAAUCAUGCUUGCUUCCUAAAUAGUCGCACCACCAAUGUCUAUCGUACGACCACUUGAAAACAUAAACCCUGCGACGGAAAACCAGCCUCCUACAAAUACUACUACUACUACAGAAACUACAAUAUCUCCUAAUACUCAACAACAUUGUCAGCCAUCAAUAACCUCUAUCUUUACAAAUCCGCAAACCUUGAGUGACAACCCCACUAUUGCGAACCCCGCCACCAACCUAAAUAAAGAAAUGAAUGUCGUCAAAAGCAGGACAACGCGCCGGAAGAUGGCUCGGGUCAAGGCACAUCCAAAUGCCUUGACAAUUUACGAGGCUGAGCUGACAAGUAAGGACAGGGCGACGCAAAAAGAAGCUGUUCGGCAAUACCUGGAGAAGAACGUGAAGGAGGACUGGAAUUGGGUCUGGCCAGCAGAAGAAAGUGACCCUAUUGAUAUAAUGGAAGCAUUGGUCAAGAACGCUUCUCUAGACGAGGCCCAUAAUACUAGUAUGGAUAGCACUACAUAUAAGGAGGAGUGGCGAGAAAGAGAUAUCUGGGAAAGCGAUCCUAGUGAGAGCGAGAGCGAGGAUCCGAUUUCCCCCAAGGGUCCCAUCAACAUCAAUUCUCCGGAUAAGGAAAGCCCUUUUCGAUUUGACAGCCCUGAUAGUGUAGGCCGGAUGGUUAAACAAAGACGAGCUGCUCGAAGACGCCGACAUAAAAAGAAGCUUGGCGCGGAAAUGGAAUGGAAUACUGGGGUACAUUGUUACGUAGAAAGACGUGAUGCAUGGACUUGUGCUCGACGCGUCCCUCCACCAGAACCUCGUGGCAUCGAAAAUACACCCGUCCACACAAAUGGGAACCCACAUCAAGCUGUAGACGACUUCUCGGAUUCAGAAGGAUGGGAAACGGAGGUCCCGAUUGCUAAACCUCUUCUACCACCGGACAAUGCAAUGAGAGCAAGCAUUAACCCCCAAGCUUAUAGCACCAUAUACGACAAAGUUAUUAUACAGUCACUGACACCCAGUUGUCCUAUCAAUCUAUCCGAUGUCAUACAAAGCUGUGUACACGGAUGGAAGCGGGAUGGCGAAUGGCCUCCUUCUUCAUCUGUCCCUGAACCUAGUCUCGCGGGCAAGAAAAAACAGAGAAGGUUGAGCAUGUUGAGUAUCCUAGGCUUGAAUCCACCCGAGACUAAAGCACCUAUUCCGGUGGCCGAGAAAAGUCCACAGACGCCAAACUCAAUCAAAAAGGGACUACAAAAGUUAUGGAAACGCGGGGACAAAGUUAGAGCGGCGCCUGAAGGUGGGGCAGGGGCUUAGAAUUCUGGAAUGGAAGAGCUGAUGCAUAUACUAUACCAAAUGUGUUGCAAGUAAUAGCAUGACAUAGCAUAGCAUGGCGUUUUUAUGAGCGCGCCCGGAAGGCCGUUCAGGAUGAUGUCACGAAGGCAUGUUGAAUACGUGAAUCCAUUAGAUUCACUCACUGUUGGAUCGGGUUGUCGGGUUUACAUGGCGAUUAUGAGAUAAUAUCAGGACUACUAAUAUGAUGUAUCUAUUAUUUUCCAAGAUCUACUUCGGGAGCUUAAAUCCGUUGAUUCCUACAUACAUCAUAAUAAUUUCUCAUUCCAACUCCAACCCAAGCGGACACUUUCCUCCAAGCAAGGCCUAUGAUAACACCACUCCUCUAAAAAGACCUAGAAUAUCCUACCCUUACUCGAUCCACUUCCACUAUUACCGUCACCGCCACCACCAUUCCAUUCCCAUCCUCAUUCCCAUCGGCACUAUCACCCCGCUCCGCAUUCGUAUGGAGAAACACAUAGUCCCAAAUCAUAUUGCGUAAUUCAGGAGGUAGUUGAUUGAAACAGGUAAAGGCUCGAGGGCGUGGUGGUGGGUAUAGGCCGUGUUGCCAUUCCAUUAUUGGCCUUCCAUCGGAGAUGCGGUACAUGUAUGGCAUGGUGGGUGA